ACAGUGGGAGGGACCUGGGCUUGGGGACUGAGGGGGAAACAAAAGGAUGGGGGGUUGUGUCAGGGAAGCUUCUGGAAAACACUCACCUUGAUGAAAACUAAGAAAUAAUCGGUUCACGGCUCAGCAGAAAAGGAUCUUUCGUUCGGCCACACAGGGAAGGAUGCCUCUGGAGGUGGUGGUGGAGCUCCAAAUCCGGGCGAUUUCUUGCCCGGGAGUGUUCUUGCCGGUCAAGGAAGAUGUGUACCUUGGAGUCUACCUCCUGAAUCAGUACCUGGAGACAGACUGCUUUCCCUCUGUGUUCCCUAUUGCGAUUCAACAGAACAUGAGAUUUGAAAAGGUGUUUGAAAAUGCAGUAGAUCCUGGAGCUGUUGCAGAACUUUUAGAAAACUUCCUAACCAGAUUUGAAUUAAUACAGCUAUCGUCUCCAGAAUGGGAAGAGUUGGCCUACUAUGAAGAAAACACACGAGAUUUUCUCUUCCCUGAACCCAAGCUGACAUCCUCACACCUCGGCAUGCAGAGGGAGGUGCUCAUGAAGACAGCUGUAGAUUUUCCGGGCAUCGCUCCGAAACUAGAGUUUUCUACAAGGACAGCCAUCCGAGAAUGUGUGUUCCCGCAGAGAAACAGAUUUUUUGAAGAAAACUGUAAGCCACACAGGCCUUUGUGGAAACUGUCUGGACAGAGAGUCCCCGCAAGUAACAAGAAGAUGAAGGCAAGGGAGAAAAGUCCCGACCAACUUGCCAAAGGCACCCAGUUCCAGGAAUACUCGCCACCUUCCCGCAGGCGUCUUCUCCUCCACCAGCCAACUCAGCUGAAAAAGAGCUUCAAGUUCCCAGGAGAAAGGAAGCCUCCAUUUGUGGUUAGACAUGUAGACAACCAAGACCCCUUUGGUGAAAAUAAUUUGACAAAUCUUUCACAGAAGUCCAGAAGAAAAUCGAAGAUUUUAGACUUUGAUUUUUCGCUGAAAAGAGCAUCUUCUCUUGACAGCUUUGCAGCAAACAUAAAGGUUAUCAGAGAGCCAGAUGAGCGGAUUGUCUUAAGGAGUCAGUCACCUCUAGAUUCAACCAAGUCCAGAAGGUCCUGGCUCAGUCACCAAGGGGACGCUGAUUUCUACCCAGGAACUUCAGUUGCCUCCUCCCCGUUAUCCAGACCUACCAGCCCUCUGGAUCAGCCUCUUCGCCGAGAAAGGUUCCAGCCUUGUUUUCAGUCCUCGUGGAAGACGAUCCGUGAGAGGGAUGACAUUAUCUCUGAAAAAGAUCACAUAUAUGAAAGGCCAAACUACCCCCUGAUGAAACACGUACCGCCUGAACAGAGAUAUUUUUAACUACGCUAUCAUGUAAGGGAACAUGAAUGAAAAACGAGGAAGGAUAAAGGGUUCAGUCAUGGAGACACUGACACAUCCUUGGAGAAGAGAACAACAUUCUUUGUUGUCUGGGUCAAGUUACUGGUGCCCAAGCCCCGUUAAGUCAAACCUUAUUCUCAGUCUUUUGUGCCCAAGGUAAGAUGUGUUGAUUAAAUUCUGUUUGGGGCUCUGCUUCACUUGUCGCCUGGAGAAUUUGUAUUUUCUGUUGUGUUUAUUUUGAGCAUGAAAUAUAGAAAACAUAAUGGAACUAUGUCAGGAGCUCUUCCAUUUGGAAAGCAUUUUUUAAAAAUGUAACAAAAUGUAUAAAAAUGUUUGGCUAUGAGUCUCAGCAUCUGCUUUAAUACCUUGCUGGGUAGUCUUUCAACAGUCCUCUGUGGUAGGCUCCUGUCCUAUUCCCUGUUUUCUGCCUCUUUCUAUGUCCAUCCUAUUUGCCUUUCUGAAUGAGGAUUGAACAUUUUACCCAGGGUCCUUCUUCUUGUUAGCUUCUUUAGGUGUACAGAUUUUAGUAUGAUUAUCCUAUAUUAUAUGACUAUAUCCACUUAUAAUUGAGUAUAUACCAUGUGUGUCUGCUUCUGGGAUACCUCACUCAGGAUGAUCUUUUCUAGUUCCCACCAUUUGCCUGCAAAUGUCAUGAUUUCCUUAUUUUUAAUUUCUGAGUGAUAUUCCAUUGUGUAAAUGUACCACAAUUUCUGUAUCUAUUCCUCAAUUGAGGGACAUCUGGAUUGUUUUCAGAU